UGUUCUAAUCUUCCUCCUCCGUCGCCGUCUUGGAAGCCCACCGUCGUCGUCGUCGUCGUCGUUUUCUCCCACUACCGAUGGGCUCGACUGGGCCGCGGUGAUUUGGUGAUGACCCAUUUGUACUACCUUCUCGGCCGAUUCGUUCCCAUCGAACCCCUGGUGAUCUUCCCUUCCCUCGCUCUUUUCGCUCCUCGGAGGCCGAUUAGGGUUUGAUUGCUGGAUUUUGUCGUUCCCGUUCUUGUGGUUUGGAGCCAAUGUCGAAGAAGGUAAUUACGAGAGAGGAGUGGGAGAGGAAGCUCAAGGAUGUCAAGAUUAGUAAGAAGGACAUGAACAAGCUCGUAAUGAACUUUCUUGUCACUGAAGGCUAUGUAGAUGCUGCCGAGAAGUUCCGGAUUGAGUCCGGCACCGAGCCGGACAUUGACCUCGCCACGAUAACUGAUCGCAUGGCUGUCAAGAAGGCUCUGCAGUCUGGCAACGUCGAAGAUGCUAUCGAGAAAGUUAAUGAUUUGAACCCUACGAUUCUAGAUACCAAUCCCCAACUCUAUUUCCAUCUACAGCAACAGCGAUUGAUUGAGUUGAUCCGCACUGGCAAUGUAGAAGAAGCUCUAGAGUUUGCCCAGGAGGAGCUUGCGCCAAGGGGAGAAGAAAAUCAAAAUUUUCUUGAAGAAUUGGAGAGGACAGUUGCGCUUCUGGCAUUUGAUGAUGUAAAGAAUUGUCCUUAUGGAGAACUUCUAGAUGUUUCACAACGCUUGAAAACUGCAAGUGAGCUUAAUGCUGCCAUACUAACAAGCCAAAGUCAUGAGAAAGAUCCAAAGCUUCCAACUUUGCUGAAGAUGCUGAUAUUGGCUCAGAACCAGCUGGAUGAGAAGGCUGUUUAUCCAAGAAUCAAUGAUAUAACAGCAGCAGUCCUGGAAGACGACCCAACGGUCUAAAUACUAAUAGAAUUUCACAUUUAUUACUAGGUCAAUUUCUGUGGUUUCAUGUUGUUAGAGAAUAGGCCAACUUCUGUUGUUUCAUGUUGUAAGAGACUGACUCAGGUAUCAUAUGAAUAGCUUCAAUAUGCAAUACCUUUGGUUGCUUGGCA